UCGCAUCCCAGGUUCGAAGAUGGAGGAGGAGACCCGCGGCGAAGGUUGGAGGGGCCUGAGCAACCCACGGGUUCCUGUGCUGAAUAUGCCCGAGCUUAAGAAGUGGUCAUUCUACCAAGCCCUAGCAGCCGAGUUCAUGGCUAGCACGCUGUUGCUGUUUAUCUCAAUCACAACCAUCAUCUCGCAAAAGAAGCAGCCUUGCAGCUCCGACGGGGUCCUCGUGACCGCGUGGGCAGUGGGAGGAACGACUUUUGUCAUGAUCUUUUCCAUUGCCGGCAUCUCAGGGGCCUGCAUGAACCCAGCAGUCACUUUUGGAUAUUUUUUGGCAAGGAAAAUUAGUCUGAAUAGAGCGGUAUGCUAUGUUAUCGUGCAGUGUUUGGGUGCGGUGACUGGGGUCGCAUUGGUGAGAAACUCCAUGGAGCAUGACUUUUAUUCCUUUGGAGGGGGUGCCAACGUGGUAGCUCCGGGCUAUCGGAGGGGUACUGCCUUGCUGGCAGAGGCCAUGGGCAGUUUCUUGGUAGUUUGUACUGUAUUAACAGCCACCGAUGCAAUGAGGAGAGAAACCGACGCCCACAUUUCCGUUAUGGCUCCACUGGCAGUUGGAUUUGCGGUGUUGGUGGUUCACCUGGCCACCAUCCCCAUCACCGGCACCGGCGUGAACCCAGCGCGCAGCUUCGGUGCCGCUGUAAUUUACAAUCGUUCCAGCGUCUGGCACGACCAGUGGAUGUUCUGGUUCGGCCCAUUUGCUGGGGCCCUGGCAGCUGCAGCUUAUCACCAGCAUGUCAUCCGAUCUGCAGUUAUCCGGUUCCUCCGAACCUGCCUCCGUUUGGCCGACGCUUCAGCGUACAACCCAAACGGCGGCAGGCGACCCCGGCGCGAUGCCGGCACUCAACGAGACGACCGAACCGCCGCCAACCUCCCUGGGCAACGCCCGGGCGACGCCCCGCGCGACGCCCCGCGCGAAUCCCCCGGAGAUCUCUGGCAGCGACCCCUAGACCGGCGGCCGCAAUAUCCCCGCAGUGGCCCCCCAGCCCCAGCGACGUCCGGAGCCGCCGCUAUUCCCUUAGCUAUCUCCAUCAAGUGAAGUCUUUAUUAUUUGUUUUUAAAUUUUACUCUUGCCUUUCAUCCCUUUAGUUUGUUUUUGUGACGGGAUGAUGGAUGGCGAGGGCGGUGAUGAUGGACCCCCCUUGAUUUGUUUGAUGUUUAGCUAUGUAUAUGGGUGGGUAAAAACGGACA